AGAAAAAGAUACAAAAAAUUGAAAAAGAGAGAGGCCCGCGUUCACGAGUGCAAACGAAAAGCCUGGCGUAUCGCCGCGUUGUCAUCGAGUGCACAGUUCACCCGCGACUUGACAGCUGCAGUGGGCGAUUUCAUCGAUUCGGUGCACAAGGAAAGAUCGCUCGUGGACAAUGAGGACUUACCCGCAGGGACACCAUUUUCACGGCCACCCAUCCGACAAGUGGAGCAAGAAGGCUCUCAAGAUCGUGAAUAAAAUGGCAAAGCUCGAGAGGAAGUUCGGCAAGUACAACUUUGUAGAUAACAACGCGAUCCCAGCUGGCGACGUCUCGGAAAUCGGUAGGCGCAGCAGAUCGUCCAGGCGCCGGAACUGCCGAUCCCGUAGCAGUAGCAGCGACUCCAGCAUCGCGUCAGUCUCGUCGUCCAGUGGCUCGAGAUCCCCGUCCCCUCGACACUACCGCCGUCCCCACCACCGGCAUAGCUUACAGCACCUGUUGAGAUCGAGAUCGUUUGCCGGACGCGGUAACUACUUGCCGAUACCCGCGUCAUGGGAAGAUCUUUGUCACCAGCAUCGCGACCGGGAACUCGACCGAAAAUGUUACGAACCCAAUACGGAGGACAUGGGUGAUCGGUGCCAGAGUUCGAGAUCGGUAAGCCGAGAACCAGAAGCAGCGGGUAGUAACACCGAGAUGGAACGGGAGGACCAUCAGGGACCUUCAAGUGCCGAUAAAGAGCGACUACUCGACACUCUAUCCGAGAAUUGGAAAAGGAUCGCGCAGAAAGGAGCGGCCAGUGUGGUCUCGCUGCCGGAGCUACUCCAAAGGAAUCCGGUGGUACUGAGCGCGCCGAAGGCCAACGGAGUGAUCGGGCCAAUCACCUCGGACGUGGUUGCGCGCAAGGACGCUACGAUUGAGCGCGUGCAGAACGAGAUAGGCGCCGGUUUGAACGCCUUGGGCCAGGCGAUGUCCAACCUGAAGGUGGGCAAGGAGGAAAUGGAUGACGUUAUUCAGCAGAACUUGAGCGAUGCAGCUGCAAUUUUGCUCGACGUCCAUUACAAGCUGACGAAGGUGCGCCAGGAGCACGUGGUGCUCGAGGCGAACAGGAGAGCCAGAGUUGUUUUGGCUGGUUGCGAGCACGACGAGUUUCUGUUUGGCAAGGAUUUGGAGGAGAAGGCUAGAGGCGCCCCGGGUUUCGGAAGGUGCAGGAAAUCGUGGAAGAAGAACCGAUGCGACAAAGCUGGGAAACGCAAGCAGCACGCCUGUCACGAGAAUGAGAAGCAAAAAUCGAAGCGCGCGGAUACGUCCCAAGGAUCAUGUGGCACCGAUGGUAUUUAUGUUACGACUGCUAACUGAGAGGAGAUUACUGUCAUAGGUAAGUGCAUUCAACGCAUCCCAUAGAAACAAGAUAUAAGUAGACGAAGCGAAAAAUAAACAAAAAAAUGAAGCAAUUAUUUUAAGCUAUUGUGCUUAAAAAUAUCUAGCGUAGAUUAGUUUUAAGGUUAUAUAAUAUUUUUAUUUUACAAAUAAAUUUGUUGAGAAUGCCACAUUAAUUGUUUACGCUAUAAUGUUGCCAAUUUUUUGAAACCUGAAUUUUUGAAUUAGUAGUAAAAAAAACCUCGAAAAAAA